GGUGGCUCAGCUGCUCGUGAACACCUUUUCUACAGAGUGAGAGUUCGAUAGAGAUCCACGGCUUUCGAUUUUACCUUCAAUCACAGCAAGCAUGGCAUUACGUUUCGAUGACGACCAAAAUCCCUUCAUCGAUCUGGGACAGGGUCGGAAAAUUGCACUCGAUUUUGCAGAGUACAGCGAUAAAGCUUCGCUUGACAAAGCAAGCGAUGAGUUGCGCGAAUCGGCCGAAGUUGUUGAAAACAGUUUAGGCGAAUUGAGAGAACUAUUGAAAGAUGACAAGGAUCUGAACAUUCCGGUUAAUGAUGAUGCCUUCCUCAUAAGAUUCUUACGGCCAAGGAAAUACUAUGUCAAAAGUGCAUACGAACUGAUUAAAGGCUACUACAAAAUGAAAGCAAAACAAGAUUUCAUCGUGGAUGACAUUUCAGUCAAAGCCAUCAGGGUAGCAUUUGAGGAACGUGUAAUUCAACUUUUUCCAAAACGAGAUCAGUUUGGACGAAGAAUCGUCUACAUGGAAAUUGGAGCUAGUUGGGACUGCUCCAAGGUUCCAUUUUCAGAGAUGAUACGAGCGGAACAUGCUUUGCUGACCCUGCUGUCGCUGGAACCGAGCACCCAGCUGAACGGUCUGGUUGUCAUUGCCAACUUCGACAAGCUCAGCUUCUCCCACCUCGGCCAAUUUACGCCGAAGUUUAUGAAAAACACGUUCGAGCUCGGACAGCAUCUCUUCCCGCUGCGAAUCAAAGGAAUCAAUGUCAUCAACAAUGCAAAACUAUUCAAUAUGUUCUUCAACAUCUGCAAACGUUUCCUGGGUCAGAAAUGGAGCAAACGGGUAAAUUUCCACGGUUCCAACAUGGAAUCUCUGCACCAGCAGAUCGACCCGGCUAGUUUGCCGGUGAAGCUCGGUGGAACCUGCGAUCUGCCGGAUUACGACGGAAAAGUUUUCGUUGAGCUUUUGGAACAAUUCCAGGGAAGGUUUGAUGAACUGAACUCAUACGGAUAUGCGAAAUCAAACUAGAAUAUUUACUUGACAAUUCACGAAGCGACUUUCCAGCUCGCCAGUAUUUUCCACGGACUCUCUAUUUAGUCUUAAUCACUUCUGUCAGCUGAUUUGCUAUUUUAUAUACAUAACUAGAUAACAGAAAAGAAUGCACAUUAAAAUCGCUCGUAGGAUUUUACAAUGUUAGCCUCGAUUAGAAAACUCAUAUAUUAAUCGUAUGGCAAUAUUCCUAAGAACAGUCUGAUCGCCGCUAAUUUUAAAAUCUGAAUGUUGAUAAAUUCAUGAAAACUGUCGAAUUUUGACGAAAAAAUUGCAGCACUGGUUAAAAUUUUCAAUGAAAGUUUGAAUGAUGACUCUUGCUUCUUCAUAUUCAUCAUAGUCUCUUUAUUCAUAGAACUAUCCACACUUUUACCCGUUUCUCCUAUCCUGUCUAUCCUAUAUUACGUGUUAAGACUUACCUUAAUUUGCUAUAUUAUAUCCUCUUAAUUCGAAAUUUCCUACCAUUCUAUUCAAACAACAAA